AUGUUAGCACUCUCGGACUGGAGACUCCGGGAUCAUCAGCACGCGAAGUAUUCGAGCCCGUAAAAACACUGAUGGGGACUAGAAACAGGCACACGCAGUACAGGACACCUGACACAACUGGCCUAACUUUGAUAUUUAAUUAGAGUUGGAUAACUUGGGGUUUCUGAAAGCUUAAAUCCUACCAACCCCAAAAAACGUAUGGUUCGGUUUCAGGCUCGUGCGUCUUGCCACGCUCAGUCUCCAGGUGAACUCGCGCAACUGUUCCUUUUCCUGGAUUCCUUCUGAACUGCGGAUUUCAGCAAUGGGAUAUAAAACGGAACUUGGAUACUGCUUCUUUGUGGUAGUGUUUUACUCCCUUAUAUCCCGAUGUCGACCAAGUACGGGCACGAAUAUCACAGUUGCGGUGAUGCUUCCCGAAAAUUACCACAAGUAUCCGUGGGCUUUGGCGCGAGCAUUCCCUGCAAUCCUUAUGGCUCACGAAAAUCUUCAUAAGAAGCACGGGCUUCUUAUCGGUCAUCAUUUUAACAUCUUGAAUUUCAGCACGGAGGAUCAAACCGGUAUGUGCGCAGAGAACAAGGCACAGAUAAUUGCGGUGGAUACCAAACUUUAUAAUAACCCAGACGCUUUCUUUGGACCCGGGUGUGUAUACUCCGUUGCCUCCGUUGGAAGAUUUGCGUCUCAUUGGAAACUGCCAUUGAUAACUGCGGGGGGACCAGCCUGGGGAUUUGAUAUGGGAGAGGAAUUCAAAACUAUUGUGCGCACGGGACCAUCGACAACAAAACUGGGAGACUUUGCCAACGCUCUUCACGCGCACUUUAAUUGGACCAGUCGCGCAAUACUAACAUACUACGACUUAAAACAAGACCACCGACCAUAUUACUUCCUUUCCGAAGGAAUUUAUGUGAAUUUAAAGGCUGAAAAUAUCACAGUGGAAGCGUUGCCGUAUCAAGACCCACCUACAUUCGAUUAUAAAGAGAUAAUUACUUUCAUGAAAGACAGCGGAAGAAUCGUGUAUUUAUGUGGUCCUCUGGACACGUUCCUGAGCAUCAUGAAGCUGGUUCAGAAGGAAAUCCCCGACCCCGAGAACUACGCCAUCUUCUACCUGGACGUGUUCGCUGAGAGCCUGGCGGAGCUGAAGCCCUGGCAGAACAAGGACCCGCAGUGGGCCGAUCCCAUUAAGGUCUUCAAGUCUGUGUUCGUGGUGACGUACCGCGAGCCUGACGUCCCAGAGUACAAGACCUUCCAGACGGAGCUGCACAAACGAGCCCAGAGAGACUUUGAUGUGAAUAUGGAGCCUUCGCUGAUGGACUUCAUCUCCGGUUGCUUCUACGAUGGGUUCAUCAUGUACGCCAAGGCGUUGGAGGAGGUCCUGGCUGAGGGCGGCUCCCAGAGCGACGGCAUCGCCAUCACCCAGAGGAUGCAGAGGCUCAAGUUCUGGGGGGUGACGGGACUUGUGACCACAGACAAAAACAACGCCAGGAACACUGACUUCAAUCUGUGGACGAUGACCAAUCAGGACACAGGAGAGUACGGGAUCGUGGCUCAUUACAACGGCACCAGCAAGGAGAUCGUGUGGUCUCCUGUAGAGAGCAUCCACUGGCCCAGCGGACACCCUCCCCCGGACAACCCUCCCUGUGUCUUCACCCCUCACGAUCCCUCCUGCAACGAUGAAUUCCAAGUGCUGGGGAUAGUGGCAGUUGGCUCCGGACUGGCCCUCAUCAUCUUUGGAAUCUCCAGCUUUCUCAUCUACAGGAAGCUGAAGCUGGAGAAGGAGCUGGCUGGGAUGUUGUGGAGGAUCAGAUGGGAGGACCUGCAGUUUGAGAGCCCCAACAAGUACCACAAGAGAGCAGGCAGCCGUCUCACUCUCUCUCAGAGAGGUUCCAGCUACGGGUCCUUGAUAACUGCUCAUGGAAAAUAUCAGCUAUUUGCCAAAACAGGCUAUUUUAAGGGUAAUCUGGUGGCCAUCAAACAUGUCAACAAGAAGCGGAUUGAGUUGACCAGACAGGUGCUGUUUGAGCUCAAACAUAUGAGAGAUGUUCAGUUCAACCAUUUGACAAGGUUCAUCGGCGCCUGCAUCGACCCCCCAAACAUCUGCAUUGUGACGGAGUACUGCCCCAGAGGAAGCCUACAGGACAUUCUGGAGAACGAGAGCAUCAACUUGGACUGGAUGUUCCGCUACUCACUCAUCAACGACAUUGUGAAGGGAAUGAACUACCUCCAUAACAGUUACAUCGGUUCCCAUGGAAACCUGAAAUCAUCCAACUGCGUGGUGGACAGCCGCUUCGUGCUGAAGAUCACCGACUACGGCCUGGCCACCUUCCGCUCCUCCUGCGAGAACGACGACUCGCACGCGCUCUACGCAAUGAAACUGUGGACGGCUCCAGAGCUGCUGAUAUACGACCGCCACCCUCCCCAGGGCACGCAGAAGGGGGACGUGUACAGCUUUGGGAUCAUCCUGCAGGAGAUCGCUCUCAGGAACGGCCCUUUCUACAUGGACGGUCUGGACCUGAGCCCCAAAGAGAUCGUCCAGAAGGUGCGUAACGGCCAGCGGCCGUACUUCCGUCCGACCACAGAUAACAGCUGCCACUGCGCUGAGCUGAGCGGGCUGAUGGAGACCUGCUGGGCGGAGGACCCGGCCGAGAGACCCGACUUCACACACAUCAAGAUCUACAUCACCAAGCUCAACAAGGAAGGAAGCACCAGUAUCCUGAACAACUUGCUCUCCAGGAUGGAGCAAUAUGCCAACAACCUGGAGAACCUGGUGGAGGAGCGAACACAGGCCUACUUGGAGGAGAAGAGGAAGGCCGAAAACCUACUUUACCAAAUCCUGCCACACUCGGUAGCAGAGCAGCUGAAGCGUGGCGAGACGGUGCAGGCCGAGGCGUUCGACAGCGUCACCAUCUACUUCAGUGACAUCGUGGGCUUCACGUCCAUGUCAGCAGAGAGCACCCCGCUGCAGGUGGUGACUCUCCUCAACGACCUGUACACCUGCUUUGACGCCAUCAUAGACAACUUUGAUGUUUACAAGGUGGAGACCAUAGGCGACGCCUACAUGGUGGUGUCUGGGCUCCCAGUGAGGAACGGGAAGCUGCACGCCAGGGAGAUCGCUGGAAUGUCCCUGGCUCUGCUGGAGCAGGUCAAAACCUUCAAGAUCCGCCACAGACCUAAUGACCAGCUACGGCUACGGGUCGGCAUACACACAGGACCCGUCUGUGCAGGGGUGGUGGGCCUGAAGAUGCCCAGGUACUGUUUAUUCGGAGAUACGGUCAACACGGCGUCACGGAUGGAGUCGAAUGGAGAGGCCUUGAAGAUCCACCUCUCAUCCGCCACCAAGGAAGUGCUGGAUGAGUUUGGUUAUUUUGACCUCCAGUUACGAGGAGAUGUGGAAAUGAAGGGCAAAGGGAAGAUGAGAACCUACUGGCUCCAGGGAGAGAAGACCGAUGUGUAUGUUAUCUGAGCGGCUGGCUGAUAACGAGCGGACAUAAAGGAGCCGACCACAGAGGCUUCCAUGGCCAAGACUGCUUUAUUUGUUCUAGAAUAAGUCCUUAAGGUGAUUUCCUACCUUGAACAACAUUAUUUACUAAACAGUCAUUUGGGGGAAAGAGGCGGGUUGGGGACAGAAAAAUUCAAGGUACGACCUUGUUAUUGUACAUGCAAAAAAAUAAAAAUAAAAAGGGUUAGGAUGUUUUUGUAUGAAGAACCUUUCUUGUCCUGAGAGUGAGUAAUUUUCAAUGAUAAAUUCUUAUUUUUUGUGCUUUCUAUAUUAAGAUUUGUAUGAUGUGUUUGGAAGUCAAUGAUGUAUUCAUAUUUCCUUAUGGAAUUCUGGAAGGAUAGGAGCAGUGUUCAACUCAACAUCAAUGCAGAGGUCCUAAAGUGGUGUUACACAGUACAAGAUGAUAUAUGUAUAUAUGUAUAUCCAAGAUAUUGUAAGAUAUUUUGUUCAAUAAACUGAUUAAAAUUCAA